AUGAAGUCUGCAAUUGCCGCCAUUCUGCUGCCCUUGGCCUUGGCAGCCAACAUCAAUUCUCGCCAAUCGACCGAUAUAGAGUUCGAGAUAAGCGGUUUCACCGCGUCGUGUAUGAAAGAGCAGGACUACUGCGAUUACGGACUGGGCAAGAUUGUAUCCAGCAACAAUCCUGAAUUCGGCGUGGGCUGCGACGUGCCCGGGACAAGCGCCAACGGCACUCUGCCCGCGGUCCCCGAGACGCAGUGCGGCACGUACAAGGUCACGGUCGACCGCGCCGAUGACGGCGGACUGCUCUUGACGGUGUAUUCCGACAAGGAUCGCGUCAGCGGUACUCACCACAUUGUCGCCAGCGACCUGACCAUUGAUGUCUAUCAGUCGUACACGGGCGCCACAUCUUUUACUAUUGAUGCCAGUAGCAGCGGGUCGUCCUCCACGCCUUCUACGACUAUUACUGUUGCAACAACGACUUCUAGCACCACUGCUGUGGAAUCGACUACGACGUCUGCGACCACUACCGAGUCUUCUGGGUCGGCUACGGGUACGACAACUUCGAGCUCGCCUAGCUCUUCUAGCUCGACCGAUACCAGUGGUGCGAUUCGCAAGAGAAUACCUGCUGGUGUUGUUGGUGUUCUCGGUCUAGUCGCUUUAAUGUUUUAG